AUGAAGGCUAGUUAUUCGUUAUGGUCUCCAUUAAGUCACGAUGCGUCGAAAAAAAGAAGUCCUCCUCCUAAGCCUCCAAGAGGGAAAGUUCGCGAAGCUCUGAAAGUAACGCCCAUGGCGGAUUCUUCCAAUAAAGAAAAUGUUGUGAAAACACCAACAAACUCGUAUACAAAAUGUACCAAAUUGACAGCAUUCGGCUCCCGAACAAGGCUAAUCUCCGAGUUCAAAGAACGAGUAGAAGGAACAGAUGACGGCGCUCCUUUUUGUGGGGUAAUGGGGCUUGAAGCUCUUGUAGUCCUCAUACAACAAAAUAAUAAAUUUAGUUUGACGAAAGAAGAUGCAGAAGAUAAAGCCAUACGGUGUCUAGAUCACUGGUUACUUGAGAAUGUCAUACGCCAAAUAGAUAUACGAAAAGAUGAUUCUCCUCCACCUUAUGUUCCAAACAAAAAAGUUUUCUAUGUAGUUAACCCGUUUGACAUGCAUGUUGUGAUUCCGAUGACUCCUGGUGCAGGAAGCGUUCACCGUUCUUCAUCCACUAGUCGUGAACGGAAGCCGAUGCGUAAAGGCUCGUUCAAGCGUCUGUUUGGACUGAAUACCCGCGAAAAUCACGUUGAAAAGAAAGUGAAUUUGGAGUUUGAAGAUGAUGAGGUUGAAGUUCCUCGGAAAAGCAGUACAACAGAGCCAGACUUCCAUGUUAGAGAUGAUAUGAAUGAAGUCGAUGAAGCAGCCUUAUUCGAAGUAGCUCUUGCUCGACUACUUUGUGAAAUAGAAUGCGAGUUCGUUGAUGACAUUAUCACAACCAAAUAUGAACCUGGAAACUAUAGUACUUUACUAAGUGCCUUGAUGAAGAAAAUGGGUUUCGGCAGUGAGAACCGUCCAAAGGAUAUUGCUCUUCACGCUCUUCUGCAGGACAACGCUUAUCUGAGCGGAAAACCAAUUGUGAUUGAUUGGUUUAGAGCAGGGUUAUGUGCCGCUCCAUCUUUGGUUUUCCAUAGACGGCAAGGAAUAACAGACGGAAUGCAAACGUAUGAGUGGGCAAAACAAACUCUAAAGGCUGUUUCUGAUCAAUGUGCAUCCUGGACAAGAAAUGGCCAAUCAACAUUAAUUCCCAUCGAGUUCAAGUCUCUGUUACAAGCAAUAGUUGUGCAACUAUGUGAAAAUCGCAAAUCAAAGCAGAAGAGAGAUUCUGCUUUCUGGCUUCUCUGGCUUAUAAUUCCUUCCAAAAUGAGGCAUCACUUGAAUCUCGUUUUCCGUUUCUUGGCUUGUUGCACUGGAACAGAUGAGUUCUUCUCUAUCAAAGAUCCGUAUUUCUUCGGCAAGAAGUAUGGUACUAUGAAUGAUAAUUAUUUUAUUUGUCUGGCAGAAUUGAGAAAGUACCUGAUCCCUCCGGGUUUUUCUGUUUUCCAACAAAAUUCUAUAGUAGAGAUCUUUCUACAUUUGAGAUCAAAACGUAAUUUGGAUGAAAUACCUAGUGCUAUACGUGAAGAGCUGAAUGAACGACAAAGAGGAAUACUAAGACCUCCUGUGAACUUUUGCCAAAGAACAACCACUGAAUCACCAGAUGAAAUGAUUAAACAUAUGCAGGAACUAGUAAAAGGAAUAAUUGAGUCCGUGAAGUUCUCAGCUUCGGAGAAAGAGGAUAAGAUCAAUCAACUCAAGGAGAUGUAUGGGGAGGGCAUAGACUUACGCUAA